GGAUUCAAGAUAAAGAUAUCAGCGAGUACUUAUGAACUGUGGAGUUGGAAACUUGGAACGAAUGGCUGUCAUCUUCCGCCGUGCACCACUCUCUACUCCUCUUCCUCUCCCCAUCUUUUCAUCCUCUUCAAACCCACUGAGGCCCCAAGUCUCCUUCUCUGCGUCCGCUGCGUCUGCUUGCAUGGAGGCGCACAACCAAGGGCGAACUAAAUUCAUGGAUUUCCCAUACGUUUCAGCCCCACACAGAGACCUGAUGCUUGAUCUCGUGUCCACAUUGGAGAACCGCCUUGGCUCGCAGCUGCUUCCUUGCACUCUGCCACCGGAUGUACAGUACUAUCAGAACCAGACAGGGACAGCCAGUGCUACGCUUCAUGUCAGAUCGGGCCACAAGCCCUCCCAGAUUGAUUUUAUAUUGGGUAGCUGGAUACACUCUGAGCUACCAACGGGAGGAGCAUUGAACAUAACAAGCCUCUCAGCCUACCUGAACUCUUCCACCGAUGCACCAAAUUUUCUAAUCGAGCUCAUCCAGGGCAGCCCGACGUCACUAGUUCUCAUCCUCGAUUUGCCUCCUCGGAAAGAACUCGUUCUCUACCCGGACUACAUUCAGACAUUCUACGAAGACACCCAACUAGAGACACGAAGACAGGUGCUCGAGAAAAUCCCCGAGGUUGUACCCUAUGUCUCUUCCUCCCUCUACAUCCGUUCUCUAGUCUCUCCCACUGCUAUAAUGGCCCGCAUCGACACCGGGGCAAGUGGACCAGGACGCAUGGAGGAGGUCGUAAAGAGUAGUAUAAAUCCCAUUGCGAAGGAGUUGCUGGAAAUCUGGUUGGAUCGCUGUGCUUGUGAGGAGAGAGAGGUAGCAGAGGUCGAGAGAGCUUAUUUGGAGAAAAGAGACGGGUUGGUCAAGAAAAAGACCAUUGAAAUUGAUCUGGGCAUGAGCCUGCCGAGGUUGUUUGGGCAGGAAGUAACAGACCGAAUACUGGAAUCCUUGCAGGAGUUUUUCACUGCAUAAGGAGCCAAUUGAUUUGGUCGGCGUAUUCAACUCCGGUCUAAGAUGUAAAAAGACAAUUGGAAUAAUAAUUUGGAAUAAUACUUUAGCCACGUAAA